GUAGUUGUACCGCUUACAGUAUGUUGGUUCGCUCACAAGCCCGGCACGAGUUGUUUGGGGUCUUUUGUCUGUAUCAAAAGUGUGCAAGGUUCUGCGUUCUGUCUUGAGUUGUAUACCUGCUGUUUUCCAGCUCGCAACGCAGCAGAGCGCAAAACCAUACCCGCUAUACGCACCAUGUGUCUUAACGCUCCCAUGAACAGCAUCAUGAGCUUGUCCUUGGCACCGAUGAACCCACACACUGUUGUCGUCGCCAUGGGUUGCAGAUUCUUGAACCUGGUGGGAUAUCUCAGUGAGCAAGUCAUCACUCAAACAACCUCUACUACCACCAUCCACAAUACCACGAAGACCACAAUCAUGUCUAUCCCGCCUCCUCCACCACCUACGCCGUUGCUUCCCCUUUGGGACAGAAGACAAAGAGUUUGGAGACUUUCGAGAUGGACUCAAGAAGCUGGAAGUGACCUUUGUGAUGACUCCGAGCCAUUUCUUGAUAUUGGAACGGGAGCUCCGUUGUACGCGACCUACUUCCGCCUCGAGCAAUUCGUCCGAGAGAAGAAACACAAUCCUACUUUACCCCCGAUCCUCUAUCGCGUCACCAAUGACAGGAGCAUGGGCAUCAACAACGAGGAAGAAGGCUUCAAGUCUCGGCAUAUGAAAAUUACAGGGCAAGCUAUGGAUCUGGAGAGCAUGGAGGGUGAAGAGAUUCAACGCAUUGCCCUCAUUCAUAUCAGGAAUGUUCAACAUUUCCGGGGCCAGGCUUUCCAGAGUCCUUGGAUCUCUUUCAGCUGCUCGCUGUUGGCGACUCUUCAACGGGCAAUGUGGCAAGUGAAACGAGGAUACAGCAAUGUAACCAUCACUACAGUGGAUACAAGCACACUGAUCUCCAACGAGCUCAUAUGUACAGCAACCGAGUUGGCGACCUAUGUCAAGAGUAUCGAGGACAGGCGUUUCAUUGAGUACGACUGUCACGAAGAGUAUCUGGUGUUCAACCAACUUCAGGGACAGUGCUCGCGAGUUCCUUUCUUGAGACUCUAUGGCGACGGCAUCAACGUGCUUCUCCCAGAGCUAAAUGCGUCCAACGUGCACACUUUUCUCUCGGUAGGGUUGGCGCGCCUGAGAACAGCAGCUUUCAACAACGAAUACCCGCUAUCGACCACCGAGAUUGAUAGGUGCGCACGGCUCACCAAUCAUCUUUUCACCGGACAACGCCGCAUGUUGGUAUUCUUUGCAUUGCUUGCGCUUCGUCGCCGACCAGCCCGGGACCCGGCCAUUGUUACCUAUGCAUGGGAGAAGAUGAAGGAAUGGCGGACUGGCGCUGCAUAUGACAGUAAAGGAAGCGUUCGACUUGAAAAUCUAUUCUACCUACACUGGGGCUGGAACUUCUCUCGCGUGGACGCGUCGCAGCACAUGGAGAUCAAGCAGUUCGCCAAUAUCGGAGCGGAACUGACAAUGCUUGCCAAAGCAUACGAGGAAGAGAUUACCGCAGCCGUCAUGAAGACGUUCUGGUUUGAAUAUGACUGGAUCAUGGAUCAGAUGGCCAGGAAGCUAGGUGGAGAUACAAGACUGCGCCAGCUGUAUCAGGCCUUGGAGAGGAACCGGCUUGCAUAUAGGAAGCACACCUUGCUUAUGCUCAAGGGGGAUGCGAAAGCGAAGGAGCGUGUUGUCUCGGGCCUCCGUGUGGCCAGGAAGUGGUUGUGCGAGGCUAAGAUGUAG